AUCACCUCUCCAUCGGGGCACUAAAAUCUGCAGUGGCAGCAGCUUCAGUGGUAGUGGCAGUGGGGCAUCGGCGUCUAAACAGUGGCGUUCUGGUGGACGAACCAAAGUGACUCGACCAGUCAUUCCAUCCCGCGCCGCGGUCACCUGGUAGUAGCCAUCAGUGAACUCGUCCCUAGACCUAAACACAAACACAUUCGUCGUUUUUUCUCUUCUUCUUCUCUGAACUUUUUGUGAUCUCGGUGGUUUAGUAACGUAAAUUUCGACUUCUGAGGUUUUUGGAUACGUUGUGGAAUUGGAACUUCUAUAUUCCAAAAGAAUGAUUUUGAAGUUCUAAACUGUAAAAUUUCGAUUAUUUAACGUUUCUAUACGGGAGGAUAUUAAGAAUCUUAUAAGCUGUAAAAUUUCGACUUCUUAAUACUUUUUUAUACGUAAGGAUAUUCUGAAUCUUAUGGUAUAAAAACGUUCACAUAUAGUCCACUUUUUAUUUUAACUUAAUCCAACAGUGUCAAUCUCGUAAUAUAUUGGAUUGAAUGGCCAGCUUAAAUUAUUUUUUAUCUAUUCCGUUUUGACACCUCGAGGCUUUUAAAGACUUUGAAUUGCAGGCAACUUUUUUCAGCUUUGCAGUCUUGAGAUUUUGUUAAUUUGAAACAUUAAUUGUUUUUCUUUUUCUGUCUGCCUCGAUAUCAAGCGGAUUUGAAAAGUCGUCCUAUUAUUUUUUUUUUCGUUAUCUUUCGGUGCCUCGACCUUCAAUGUCCUUUCGAACCCGUUAAACCUCGGAAUUCAUACAUUUCCCCCUGAAGCAACUUACACCGAGUAUCUGGAAUUAUCUUAAGACUAUAAAAAAAAUCAGAUCUGUUUUUAAUACCGAGAGGAUAUUGGAGAAGAAGCGCCUCUCCCUUCACAGCCUUCGAAGAUGUCAGCAAAAGAAACGGAAGCAAAGGCCGCUGCCGCAGCCACCGCCACCAACAGCGCUAAGAACUGGAAGGAGAGACUCAUGGGUGAACUGAGAUGGAAUAAAAAACUCAUCGUCCUCAAACUGGUCCUUUUCUUUUUUCAGGGAGGAACUAUGGGCUUCCUUCCCUUUUUGACGCUCCAUAUGCAGCAACUAGGAAUCACGGUUAAGGAAAUAGCCAUUGUUUACGCCUUUCUUCCAAUUGCCUCGCUACUGGGACCCCCCACGUCAGGUAUCAUCGCGGAUAAGUUCGGUAGAUAUAAGAUCGUUGUCAUAAUAAAUAUCAUCAUCACCACGAUACUUCACUGCUGUUUGCUCUACGUUCCUCCUCGUGACAAAAACUCCCUGACAUUCACAUGUGGGUCGCAAGAACCUAGACUCACCUGGGAUACCUGUGAUUAUUGCCACGAUGACAGAAACGGCUCCAGUCUUGAUCUUGUUCUCCAGAACUGCAAGUUUUUAUGUGAUACUCCGCCUGAAGAACCAAAACUGUGUUACUACACUGGACACAACACUUCCACAUGCCACACCUUCGACAUGAAUACUCAGCUACACAUAAACGGGACAAUAUCAUCCCUAAGAGCCAAUGACACCUGUAGCCACAGGUGGCUCGACCUGACACAUGAUGAGAGAUCUUACCAAGGGCUCAGGUGCUUUCACAAUUGUCCAAUCAGAUGCCAAGUAAAAGGAAUGCCCCACUGCGAACAUCCCGACGAUCCAUCCAACAAACCAGAUACGUUUUGGAUUUACUUUGCCAUAAGAAUAACAGCUACAUUCUUCCUGGCCUCAGCAUUCACCAUGUUGGAUGCUACGACUCUUGCUGUGAUACGUGACCAUGAUGGAGACUUUGGAAAACAACGAGUUUUGAACAUGAUUGGCCAAGCAGUGGUUCCCCUGAUAGCUGGAAUACUCGUCGAUUUCCACAGCUCAUCCAUUGGGUACUCAGAUUACAUGCCUGCCCUCUACCUUGGAGCAAGUUUUAACGUUAUAGCUGUUAUUCUCGUCGGAAAACUGCACUGCAAUGCUGACAAGGCAGGUGACAAUAUCCUCUCUGAUCUGAAGAAAUUAAUAACGAAGCCAGAGAUUGAUUUGUUCCUUGUCAUGAUAUGGGUACUAGGCUGUAACUGGGGAUUCAUUGAAAGUUAUCUGUUUGUAUACCUUAUAGAGCUAAAUGCUCCAAAUUAUAUGUUGGGUUUGACUCUCACAGUUGGCUGCAUCGUUGGAGUGCCAGUGAUGUAUGUUACUGAUAAAAUAGUCAACAAGCUUGGACGACACAUGGUCUUCAUUAUAUCCUUUGCAACUUAUGCAAUCAGGCAAUUUGGCUACGCAAACAUUACGGAUCCAUGGCUAGUAUUUCCUUUUGAAAUGCUGGAAGUGUUUACAUAUCAAAUAAUGUGGGUGGCUGCAGUCACUUUUUGUCCCAUUUUAGCUCCAAAAGGCCUACUAGCAACCAUGACUGGACUGGCUGGGGCAAUUCACUACUCAGUCGGUCGUGGAGUUGGAGCUCUUUUAGGUGGAUACCUCAUUGCACAGUAUGGCCUUUCUUUUGCCUUCAGCUUCUUUGGUUAUGUUUGUGUAAUUGGUGGAGGCCUCUACACACUUGUAUACAUUGUAUAUAUUAAGAGGAGAACUCAACCAAGAGAAAAAGAACUGAACAUACAAAAUAUUCCAGAAAAUGCCGAUGAAGGAAAGCCAAUGAUAAAGAAAGCAUCUCUUACUGGAGUUAUUAUUACAUCUAAGACAGAGACGAAUGCAGAUGUGUGAAAACUGUAUACUAUAAGUUCUUUGCCCAGUGCACUUUUCAAAUGAAUAUAUUUUCUCAGGAUAUGAAUAUUCAAUACCUUGGAGGCCUUCAUCCUAAUUUCAGCACCUGCUUACAAACAUUACCUUUGAGGUUGCCUGUCACUCAGGAUACUGAGUAAGCUACAAAAUGAAGUGAUCCAACAAGGGUAUUCCUUUACAAAUUAUCAUCAUUAAGAACCAUACCACUGAACCAAAAUCAACUCUUACAUAGAUGGCCAGUAAAUUAAAGAAAUUAAUACUACAUUCCUGAAGGUUGUGAACUUGUUGCAUUACUAAAAACUUAUAAAUAAUGGUUGGAAGUUAGCAGCUAAUUACAGACGAAAGAACAAGACAAUUAUUAAAACAAUCACAAUGUAAAUAAACUGAAAUACUGUAUUUUUAAAGGAAUCUUUCAACUAAUUUGGCAUUUUAUUCUUUAAACCAUCCUGUUAAUUUCUUUUACAGUACAAUGGAUCAUGCAUCAAAACUCAAUACAAGGAAAUAUUUGUCAAUGUAUUGAAAAAUCUGUAAGAGGGAAAAUCACAACUAAAAAUAAUAAACAAGGCUGAUUCUUACAACGAGAAUCAUUUGGUCCACCAAGUACGUCAAUGUUAUGAGCAGAUUAUUUUUCAAUCCGAUUUAAAUAACUUUUUUGAAAACAAGGAUUAUGAGUGACCGACAGCUAAAGAAGAUACAAAUCAUUAAUAGAGUUGUGUACAACACCACCAUCACCUCUCUUCAGUUUGACACUUCUGACCUUGCCAUCGUGGCCCUUUAUCAACUCUAGCACCCAACCUAAUACCCAGUAAGGACACAAUUUAUUUAACAAUUUAACAAGGACAAUGACGUCAAUGGAAAUCUUGUUGUUCCAAUUGACUUGGUGUAGAUCCUUGCAUGACUCUCAAGCUCAAUAAGUAGCUGACAUACUUAAAACAAACCCACACUACUACAAUUCCUUGCUUAAACUUAUCAAUCAACAGGCAAUCAUACUCAGUCUCUUCAUUGUGACCUAGGGCAUCCAAAUUAAACAUUGCUUCAAGUCCCUGCUCUACUGAGAUAUUGGGAAACAAGGACUCUAGAAGAGAAAAAUAAGUUUUUUUGGAGACAUAACCAAAUUAGCAGAUGACUGUAACACUUCUCCAUCUGAAGAGGGAUUAUGAGAGAAACCACUUACCUUGUUUUCUACAACCUUAGCUGGCAACUGAUCCACAGGAGUUGCUUGGCUAGGAUACAGAAAAUUCAAAAUAUUUACAAAGGAAAUUAAACUCACUCUUGUGGGAAAUGCAGCACCUUGCAUACAACUUGUAAGAGCAGGAAAGUGCUGAACAAUAUCAACCCCAGCUAACCUCAGGAUAGGGGUUUGUUCAUCAUCUUCGGCUAGAGAGGGUUUGGCAAAAUUAUAGCCUUCUUUUACAAUGUUAUGAAUAGCAAAAUCCAAUGAUAAGUAAAAACAGAUAUAAAGAAUGAAAUGCUU